AACAAAAUGCCGAAAGUUCGCGCGCAGAAACAAUUCCGCGUGCACAAGGAUGUUGCAAAGCAGGGUAUUAUGUUUAAUACGGAUAUCGGUCAGCAUAUUUUGAAAAAUCCACUCGUAAUUCAAAAUAUGGUGGAGAAGGCUGCAGUCAGACCGACAGAUGUUGUAUUGGAAAUUGGUCCUGGUACUGGUAACAUGACAGUGAAACUCUUAGAUAAAGCCAAGAAAGUUAUAGCCUGUGAAGUAGACCCAAGAAUGGUAGCUGAAUUACAGAAACGUGUACAAGGUACUCCAUACCAGGCAAAAUUACAGAUUAUGAUAGGGGAUGUUUUAAAGACAGAAUUACCAUUUUUCGAUUUGUGUGUUGCCAAUAUACCAUAUCAGAUAUCAUCUCCCUUGGUGUUCAAACUACUUUUACACAGACCACUAUUUAGAUGUGCCGUGCUUAUGUUUCAAAGAGAAUUUGCAGAACGUUUGGUGGCUAAACCAGGAGACAAAUUGUAUUGUCGUUUGAGUAUAAAUACACAGCUGUUGGCAAGAGUAGAUAUGCUAAUGAAAGUAGGAAAGAAUAAUUUUAGACCACCACCAAAAGUAGAAUCAAAUGUUGUUAGACUAGAACCACGCAAUCCACCACCUCCCAUUAAUUAUCAGGAAUGGGAUGGUUUGACAAGAAUCGCGUUUGUCAGAAAAAAUAAGACUCUUUCUGCAGCAUUUAAGCAGACUACAGUGUUGACAAUGCUGGAGAAAAAUUUUAAACUACAUUGUAGCCUCCAUAACAAGGCAAUGCCAGAAGGAUUUGACAUUAAGGAGAUGGUGAAUAAUAUUUUACAAAAGAUCGAAUUUGCGAAUAAACGUGCUCGAACCAUGGACAUAGAUGACUUUAUCAGUCUUCUACAUGCUUUUAAUGCAGAAGGAGUGCAUUUUACAUAAUUCAAAUGUUGUACCAUGUGAAAACAGAUGUAAACUAUGUAUUAAUAAAAAAUGCA